AUUUGCUUAUUAAUUGAUGACAAUUGAUUGUCUUUCAUUUGCCUGAUUUACUUUUAUUGUUAUACUUUUUUCAUCAAAUUAUCCAAUUGUUCAAUUGUCUAUGUGCCAUUAAGUACAAGUAUUUUUCUUGAGAGUAUUUGUCUCUCUCUCUCUCUCUCCUUUUGUUUGUGUGCCUUUUUUACCCAUUAAUUUAUUUUCUAAUCAAUCAUCAUGUCGAUCAAUUUAAUUGGUGUUUCGGCUUCUGGUGGUAUACCCUUAUUCUGUCGACAGAAGAGUUCAAUCUCAUCGGAAGGAAUACCUUUCGUUAAAAUGGCCUCACUUAAUAGCGUCAAUCUUUUCAGUCGACUCAAUGAUGCCAACCUAAGGUCUACUCUAACUGCCGAUAGUUCAAUCCAUUGGAAAAUUUAUCGAGGAUCAAUUGUACUUAUUCUGGUUACUACGGUUGACCAGGCCACUUCUUUUCGAGAUAUCAAUUCAUCAACCAUGGAUCGACUUCUUGAUUUUAUCUUUGACACAAUCAUCUUAACCUGUGGACUAUCAAAAUUAAUUGAAACCAAUACGGAAAGUCUUAAAUCCAGUUUGAGAUCAUCUUUUCCUGCUAUUGAUUAUAUUCUUGAUCAACUUUAUUCUGGUCAUAGUGUUCAAUUAUGUUUACAGAAAUUUGAAUUCAUCCUUACCGAAUCAUGGGCCACAUCUUUCAUGGAACCUCUUGUGGACACCGCUGCCCGUUUGGCCUCGAGUCAAUAUUGCUGUUUAAUUGCUCGUCGACGAAUUGUUUCCGCUACAAAACAUUGGUGGACCAAAAUUGCUCCAACUCGAGAUGCUCUUUUAAUCAUUAAUUUGGUUAACUCAUUUAAUCUAAAUGAUUCUAGUGGCUCAUCUCGAGAGGCAACAAUUUACUUACCAGAAAAUUGUCCCAAUAAUCCUGUUCGUUUGGUUGCAUUUAUGGUCGCACCGAAGAUGAUUAUUGUAUUUCUUUGUGGUGAAUCUCCAUCAACCCAACAAUUAAAAGAAUCAAUUAUCGGACCAUUGCGAGAAUCUCGUAAAGAUCAAGAAAUUUUCAAGAAAAUUGUCACCGAAAAGCGAAUACCUUUACACCUUGACGAGAAUAUAAUUAACUUGGUCAUCUGCCGUUCGGACAGGAAUAUGUUUACCCUUCUUGGCUCACUUGAUUCAAUUAAAGUACGCGAUUUACUUAAACUAAUGGAACUCUCAUUAGAUAGACAAAAAUUAUCUCACUCAUCAAUAAUUAACAAUCAUCUUGAUUGUUAUGUUAAAUUUUCUGGUUACAAAGGUUACGCUUGUGAAUCAAAUAAUUUUAAGAUUUAUAUUCUUUUACCAUUGGAGAAACAACUUAACGACUUUAAAAGAAUUGGUGAAAAAACUUUAUCCCUAAUUAACAAGGAGAAAAAAUUGUGGCCUUAAUUACCUACCGAUUCGACCUAAAAUCACAUCAACAAUUAACUCAAAAUUCUGCCAAUCAAAUGAAAACAAACAUCAAUUAUUCAUCUAAUUCAUCUCAAUUAUACAUUUGAGUGAACACAGUUAAUCAGAUAUUAUAUUGAUCGAUUCGACCCAAUCAAUGGCUACAAUCAAUAUGUAGCUCAAAUGAUUUUUGUAAUGUAUCUAACAAUUAAGUUGAACAAUUUGUUAAUCAAUUCAAUGAGACUACCAGAGGGAGCCAAUGGUUUACCCAAAGGCGGUUAUUCAAAUUUAUUGGUAACCUUUUAUUUCAAACCAAACACAUGAUUCAAUUAAUUUAAAUUCAAUUGUUUAUAUUUAUCAAUUUUAACAAUUUUAAUCAACUUGUGAUUUAAUUGGUUUCCAAUAAAUCAGCUUGAUCGUACUACAA